CUCCAGUAUGUUCUGCUCCAUCUAUAAAACCAGCAUCAAUGCCACCGACCUGAGGAGCAGACUGCACAGAGAUGAGGCUGUGGCCAACAGGUUUUUCUUCAUAGUGUUCUCUGAUGCCCUCAGCUGGAUUCCUAUAUUUUUGGUGAAAGUCCUCUCACUGCUGGAGGUGGAUAUACCUGGCACUAUCUCCAGCUGGGUUGUCAUCUUCAUCCUUCCCAUCAACAGUGCCUUGAACCCCAUCCUGUACACCUUGACCACCAGCUUCUUCAGAGAGCAGGUGGAAGUUUUACUCUGUCACUGGCAGAGGAGACAUACAUUGAAGAAAGACAGCAAAAGCCUUACCUCGUCCACAAUCUUUAUGGAGACGUCACGGGGUCUGUGCUACCAGCCAUCCGUUUACCUCCAGCAGGUGUCACUUAUAAGCGCAGAUCCUCGCUAUGCCUGAUGAUGCAUUUGUAGAGAUACAGCAUUUUCUAAGCUACUAGUCCUUUUUUAUUGUUUUACUCCAUCUUUAAGAACAAAUUGUGCUUCAACAAGUCACUGCGCUGUCUCAUCACACUCUGACAUUUAUAAAAUGUGAUGACAACCCCAGCAACACACGGCAACCACCAUCAGCAAAUGACUGUCUCUUCAUGACAUUCAAGCUACUUGUUGACUUUACACCAUGACGCCUCUGCCUUUCUAAAUGGGGGGACAGUAACUGUGUGUGUAUAUGUA